CCAUGAGAGGAAAAAAUUGGCUAACUCUUUGCGGAAAGCAGCUGUCAUUGUGAAACGAACCAUCUUUGUCAACUCUUACUUAUCUUCCUUUCCCCUUCUCCUUUAUCGCAACCACUUAAACAAAGCUUUUCACAGUCCCAUCAUCCAUGGCUCAUAAAAUCCUCCCCUGUUUCGCCGGCAGCGUUUAACCGGACCAUGGCGGAGCGGCCCAACAAGACGGCGGCGGCGGGAAUUGGAGUUCGGAAGCUUAAGAUUUUCCCUCAUGCUUCUAGCCUUGCCUCCGUCGAAUCCUUAUCUCUGCCUCUCGUCUCUGCUUUUUCUCUGUAUCUCCGCCGUUUUUCGAGCUCUCCGGCUGAAAUUAACGCUUUAUGGUCCGUGAUUCUUCAGGUUCAGGAAAUCGUGUUCGCGGCGGACAUUGGCUGCGCUGAAUGCCAGAAGAAAUUAGCGAAUAUUCUUGCCAAAAUGAACGAGUCUGUGGUGGUGAAUUUGCUGGACAAGAAAGUGAUACUGACUCGAAAAUUGCAGAUUCAAACAAGUAGAGUUUCAACGAUCAAGAGAUUGCUUGGUUCUUCUUUCUGAUAAUGGUGAAGAUAUUGUGAUAUAUAAUGGAAUAUUUUCAGUCACAUUCGUAGAUAAAUAAAGGAUCAUACUCUUUGUUGUUUACUUUCAGCGAUUAUUGUUUUUAUGAGAAUAUUAAAUAUUGGGUUCCGAAUGCAACAAAAUCAUCGUACAUUAAAAGAUGAUUUUGAUCGGAGUUGAAAACAUUUUAAAGGGGUGAGUCUUGCUGGAAAACAUGGCUCUGGCUCAAUGUAAUUACGGGUUUAAUCGAUUAAUGCUCCGUUUGUGU